AUGAGACCUGGUGUUAGUGGAACUAUACGUGACGAGAGUGGACAGCUCAUCCACAAUUUGUCAAAACGCUUGGAGCGUUGGGCUGAGCACUUUGAAAGGCAAUUUAAUCGGUCGGAAUUGUUAGAUUUCUCGCCGACCAGUGAUCGCCCUGCUCCGUGGGCUGUCGCUUUGGAUCCACUAUCUCGUUCAGAAGUCGAAUGUGUAAUCGAACUGUUGAAGUUAAAUAAAGCCGCGGGAUCAGAUGAUCUUCCUCCAGCCCUCUUCAAAUUUGGGGACAUGCUCUUGUGGAUGAUUUACACAAGUUACUAUUGA